AGCGCCCACAGGCAGAACCAACUCACUGUAAAGUUGAAUUGACGGAACUUUUUUUUAAAAAGAACUUUAACUACCGGAUACACUCGAGAAGAGGACCGGCUUUGACAGUCAUAAAACUUUUUUUUGACUUUUGUGUUUCUGUUUAAACGAACUGGAACAAAGGACUCGCCGCUUUAAAGAUCACUUAACCGUCGUCUCAACGGCCUAAACUUCUGUUUUCCUGCCGUUCAAGCUUUAUGUAUUUGGAUUUUAAAUUUAUAUCCCGCUGUCCUACUAUGGUCAUAAUGGAGGUCCCCACCAUCGACUGCGCGUCCCUCCGUGGCUUGUUGGAGGGCGACGUCCCGGGCUGCCUGGUGCUGGACUGCCGCUCUUUCCUCUCCUUCAACUCGUCCCACAUAUCGGGCUCCACCAACGUCCGCUUCAGCACCAUAGUGCGCAGGAGAGCCAGGGGGGGUCUAGGACUUGAGCACAUUGUCCCCAACGAGGACACCAGGACUCGGCUCCUGUCCGGGGAGUACCAGUCUGUGGUACUUCUCGACGACCGGAGCUUUGACUUGAGCCAGGCGAAGAAAGACGGGACGUUGAUGCUUGCUGUUACGGCCCUGUGUCGCGACCCCUGUGGAGCCAGGGUUUUCAUCCUGAAAGGUGGUUUUGACACAUUUACCACAGAGUAUCCAGAUAUGUGUACCAAACCCUCCCCUCCACAAGGACUCAGUUUGCCCCUGAGCUCCAGCCAGAGUGCAGACCCAAGCUGUAGCCCAUGCAACACUCCUUUAUAUGAUCAGGGUGGUCCCGUGGAAAUCUUGCCUUUCCUGUACCUUGGCAGCGCUUACCACGCUUCAAGAAAAGACAUGUUAGACAUGCUGGGGAUCACUGCUUUAAUCAACGUCUCUGCCAACUGCCCCAACCACUUUGUUGACUCCUUCCAGUAUAAAAGCAUCCCGGUCGAGGACAACCACAAGGCCGAUAUCAGCUCCUGGUUCAACGAGGCAAUCGAAUUUAUCGAUUCAGUUAGGAAUAAAGGAGGUCGUGUUUUUGUGCACUGUCAAGCAGGCAUCUCCCGCUCCGCCACCAUAUGCCUUGCCUACCUCAUGCGGACCAACCGUGUGAAGCUGGACGAGGCCUUUGAGUUUGUCAAGCAGCGCCGCAGCAUCAUCUCCCCCAACUUCAGCUUCAUGGGUCAGCUCCUUCAGUUUGAGUCCCAGGUCCUGGCAUCGUCUACUUGCUCCUCAGAGGCGGGAAGUCCAGCCAUCGGCAACAGCAGCACAGUCUUCAAUUUCCCAGUCUCAAUCCCUGUACACACAUCGGCUGGUCAGCUGUCAUUCCUCCACAGUCCCAUCACCACCUCUCCCAGCUGCUGAGGAAGGUGUGGGGAGCACAGACUUUGCUUGGACUUAAACUCACAGGUGACUCUGCAAAGAGCACUGCACAAAAAUCACGUCUGGUUGUAUCCCAUUUGUGGUGAUACUGGUAUCACUGGACAGAAUAGGAACUCUUGUUUGGGGUCAGUUUAUUUUGACUAAUCUGCUGGCCAUAUCUCCGAUGGCCUGCUCAUUUUAAAGGGAGAUUAGAUAACUACCAGUAUUCAUGUUGUACCUCCUAAAUGUGAAAGUCAUCCUAGAUGGCUUGGGAAAUGGCUGAAAAGGUAGUUGAGAUUAUUCCUGUAGAGGAAGUAUAGAAGUAUCUGAAUAUUCUUUAUUCAAAGGACUGAUUUUUUUCCAUGAAGGCAACUGCUUUUGAUAAUCGUAAUCAUUUUUAAGCAAACAAAAUGGAGAGGGCUAACAGUUGUCUCAGGAAUGUUGACUUAUCCUCUCACGUGUUGCUUUCCAUACUUCUUAAGGAAAGCAACGUUAACACGUUGCCCGGCGUGGCAAUGGAAGCUACUCCUUCAUUUGACGAACAAUGAAUGUAUCCCCCUCUUUGCAGUGUAGAUGUGACAGAAAAUCUUCAUGUUUAGUUUGAGAGUUGAAUGGGUUGCCAAUCAAAAUGCAAAUACCUGCCUUUCAAGACAUCAUGAAACCUUGACGAUCCUGACACAUUUGGGGAAAUGGACCAUUAAAUACCUCAUGUUUGUGUACUGUGUACUGCAGCGCUGUGAUGACAGAACCCCUACAACUACUAAAAACGGGGACACGUUGUCCUCAGUGGCUGCAUUCUGACAUAUUUAUUGAACUAAAGUAAUAUAUUUCUUUAUCAUAUCUAUUUUUGCAUAUGUUUGUUUAAAUGUUGUUUUUAUACCGUUUAAUAAAUCUCAUCUGACUUUUGUA